CACCUCCCGCCCCCCACUUUUACAACUGUGGGUUGGAUGCUAUCAAACGUUUUGACUAUCCGGAAUUCCUCCAUCUCUUAGUGCGGUAGCCGCUAUUUGUGACUUCCAUUUCCAUGACCUUGGAACUCACCAACAUGUGUUCCGUCACACGCCUUCUACACCGUCAAUCGAACGGCUCUCUCAGCCUAGUUGCGCUCCGCAAGAAUGCCAACGUUCCUGACUACGCAAUUGUUUCCCAUACCUGGGGUCCAGAGGACGAUGAAGUAUCCUUCGGGGAUAUGAAGAUGAAGAAGAAGAAUAACGACUUCACCAAAAAACCUGGUUACCAGAAGCUUCAAUUUUGUGCAACCCAAGCCGCAUUAGAUGGGUUGGAGUAUUUCUGGAUGGACACAUGUUGCAUCAACAAAUCUGAUGAUGCGGAGGUAACCUUGGCCAUGAAUUCUAUGUUCAAGUGGUACCAAAACGCGGCAAAGUGUUACGUGUAUCUAUCUGAUUAUUCCGCCCGGACAUUGUCUACGAGAUCAGCUAUGCUAGACAGCAGAUGGUUUACGCGAGGUUGGACACUCGAAGAGCUCAUAGCCCCUCAAUCGGUUGAAUUUUUCUCUGCAGACGGAGACUGGCUCGGAAGGAAGCGCGAGCUAGCUCAAGAUCUCAGCAACAGAACCGGCAUUAGCGUCAAGGCAUUGCAAGGAGAGCCGCUAUGCCAAUUCAGCGUGGAAGAGCGGUUUUCAUGGGCUUACCACCGUCAGACCAAAUACGAAGAGGACAUGGCGUAUUGCCUGCAAGGGAUUUUCGGUGUUAGCCUAUCGGCUGAUUAUGGAGAAGGAAAGGAGCGAGCGCUCUUCAGACUCUCGGGCGCUAUAUUCGCAGCACAAGAAAAACCCAAAUGGUUGAGAGGGUUUGGUGUGCUUCCGGAACCACAGCUCCUAGAACAACAGCUACCAGUACAACAGCUACCAGUACAACAGCUCCUAGAACGACAGCUCCCAGAACAACAGCUCCCAGAACAACAGCUCCCAGAACAACAGCUCCCAGAACAACAGCUCCCAGAACAACAGCUCCCAGAACAACAGCUCCCAGAACAGCGACACGAGAAGACUGAAGCGUUUGACAUCAGCAACUGCCACACGAGUCUGUGCAGGGGAUCAGAGUGCAUAUUGACAAAACACGUCCCUUACGAAGGCAUAAAUUGGGUCGAGCAUUCACGAUUGCUCAAAGAACACUUUCAUCUAAGCGGAAGCGAUGAUAGAGAUUAUCAGAAAGCGUUCGACUCCAUCUUCGAGAUUGCCAAUACUGUUGGAGAAAACCAUCCAGACUAUCUGUCACUUCUGUGCCUUCUUGCAGAGGUGGAUUAUCUCAAGUCUUUAUCUGGAAACGACACGGCAAUCAACAAUGCUAUCGAAAGGCUCAGAAUGAUACUCAAUGUGGGAUCUAAAAACCAAAAUGAGCAAGCCGAGCGAUUGGUCACUCUGUCGAAAUACCUGCAGUGUCGUUUCAAAGACUCCAAAACGAAACCCAGGCUGUCAAAUACAAAUUUUUCCACAGCGAAUGAUGAUCUCAAUGACACUGCCGAUCUCAGAGAAGCCAUCGAGAUUUCUAUCCAAGCAGUAAUAGCAACGCCUCAGUGCCAAUUAUCGGACAGAGAGAACCGGCAACAACGUUGCCGGCGCCUGAUCAUUAGACUUUUCAAUGAAAUCAAUUCGAAGAAGGACUUAUCAGAUUGUUACGGAUUGAUCAAAAAAGCACAGCAUUACAGAGCUCAAGACGCUGCGGGUAUUUUGAGUCUUGUAAUCAGCCUUGGAAACCAUUUAUACGAGCGGUAUAAGACCGAGGGCACCAACAUUGAUCUUGCUAUUCAUUCUGUCACUAAAGCAGAGAAAAUGACGCCACCAGGGCACCAUGCCAAAGCUGAUCUGUUGAGUAACCUUGAAUUCCUCGUACGCUGCCAAUCAAAAUCCACCGAGGAUAUCCACGAUGCUAUCGAAAAUUCCAGAUGCGCAAACGACGGAACAUCUCCAGACAGGCGUGACAUAAGAGGCUCUAGGCAGAGCAAUCCUCCCAGUCUCCUCAGAACCAAUUCCGAGCACACACCCUCGCCGGAUAACCUGAUUGCUAUCCGAAGUUCCUCAAACGUGGCUACAUCAACAAGAUCGGAUCGCUUGAGUAAAGCAAUCCGACGAGAGAAAAGGGCAGAUCACCUGGUCAGGGUCUAUUAUCGAACUGGCUCACCUGAAUGCUUGGAAAAAGCCAUUGAAGGGUGCAUCAAGGCACUUCAUGUAUUACCUGAAAACGAACCUGGCUGGGCCUUGCGAUCGACAAUCCUAAAAACACUACUAGAGAAGCAAGAUGCGCUAUCCCAACGAAGAUGAAUGGUGUCACAUAUUCCGCCGUUCUUAGAAUGAUUUCGAGCUUUCAGGAGUUGGUCAACCCGCUGUCAACUUCAUAUGAUCAAUAUCAAGACAUACUUGAAAAUGAAUUGGACACUUUUGUACGCAGGUUUUCUUUCAAAAUUAGAUACCCAUUUUGCUUUCAGACAAUUAUCCGUUUUCUGAUAGUACAUGUCAUGUUAUACAAUAGACAGCAUCCCAUCUACACUAUGCGAGAAGUCCAAACACCAAUGCCAAAACCCCACCCACGGCUCCCAUGUUCCAUGUCAACGAAGACGCAGCACCAGUCUCAGAAGGUUGGUUAAUUCCCG